AUGACAACCAGAAACAACGAACCACCGCAAUCAAACGGCGGCGAUCGGAGACAAAGACCACCAGCACCACAGCAACCGCAACACUCAAACGGUUACAUGCAUCAACAACACCACCCUCAAUACUACCCUCAAACCCCCUCCCGUUCCUCCUCCUCCGCCUCCCUAAAAGGCUGCUGCUGCUGCCUCUUCCUCCUCCUCUCUUUCCUCGCCCUCCUCGUCCUCGCGGUCGUCCUCAUCGUCCUCCUCGCCGUGAAACCAAAGAAACCACAAUUCGAUCUCCAACAAGUCGGAGUCCAAUACAUGGGAAUAACCCCCAACAACCCUUCCGGAACCACCGCUUCACUCUCCCUAACCAUUCGUCUUCUUUUCACGGCGGUUAAUCCUAAUAAGGUGGGAAUCAAAUACGGAGAGUCCAGGUUUACUGUCAUGUACCGCGGAAUUCCGUUGGGAAAAGCUUCGGUUCCUGGAUUUUAUCAAGAUGCGCAUAGCGUAAGACAAGUUGUUGCUACGAUUGGGGUUGAUAGGGUUAAUUUGUUGCAAGCUGAUGCUGCUGAUUUGAUUAGAGAUGCUUCCUUGAAUGAUCGGGUCGAACUUCGGGUCUUGGGUGAUGUUGGUGCUAAGAUCCGGGUCAUGAAUUUUGAUUCACCUGGUGUUCAGGUUUCGGUGGAUUGUGCAAUAGCAAUAAGUCCAAGAAAGCAAUCUCUCACUUACAAGCAGUGUGGAUUCGAUGGAUUAAGUGUUUAA